GGGGGACGUUUCUCCAGCAGGCCAGCGCAGGAGGAAGGAGGGUCCACACGCAGCACCAUGACAGAGCUGGAGACAGCCAUGGGCCUCAUCAUUGACGUCUUCUCCCGGUACUCGGGCGGCGAGGGCGGCAGGCAGAGCCUGACCAAGGGGGAGCUGAAGGUGCUCAUGGAGAAGGAGCUCCCCGGCUUCCUGCAGAGCGGAAGGGACAAGGAUGCAGUUGACAGACUGCUCAAGGACCUCGAUGCCAACGGAGAUGCCGAGGUGGACUUCAGCGAGUUCAUCGUGUUUGUGGCCGCGCUCACGUGCGCCUGUCACAAGUACUUUGCACAGACAGCCCCCAAAUGACACUCUGGAGUGAGAUUCCCAGAAAGGUGCAGGAAGGGCCUGGGAGAAUCCCUGGCUCCCAGCCCCUGUUGGAAAUUACUUCUUGGAAUGAGCUGAAAGCCUCCUAAUUAAUAAAUGCUGGUGAACGAUCCUGAUCUCAGAGUGAGUGGCAAUCUCCUUCAGACCCCAGAGUCCUCCCUUGCAAACACCGAUUCCCGUUGGCAGCAGCUUGACGUACUGACAGCCACCUGGUCGUAACCUGGCACACACCCCAACCCUGAGGCAUAAACAAAGCCCGUUAAGAUGGUCAGUCAAGCAUGGCGUGUCGGCUGCUGACACUGGACACGUUCAUGGAUUCUGAAAAAGGGCAGGCAACUAGGCCACGGCCCUCUCUGUCCCUCUUACACUUAAACCCUCUCUCCACCUCCUGCUGUGGGGUCUCCCAUCCUGCAGCCACCCAGGACACACUGUUGUCCAUAAAUCCCCAGUGAAUUGCCCUUCUGCAAUCCUGGAUCUGCCUGGCUUUUUCCCUUUGGCAGCCCCGUUGGCAGCCAGUUCUCAAACUGGACCAGGAUUUUCUGGAACAUUCACUAAGUAAAUGCACCAUUUUCUCUCAUUGCCAGCCUGGUAGACAGAUGGAGAUGAAAAAAACAGGUCAGUUGUGACAGUCCAUUCCCUGGCCAUUUCCUGGUGUGCACCCGGAACCCGCCGAAGCUCAGGGCCCACCUCCAGUGUCUCAGCACAGCGAGGGCCACCUGUGUGUGCCUGCCUCCAGCCAGCCAGCCACCUGCUAAGGGGCACCGUCCGCCAGCUUUUCCUGGGGCCCAGUGAGCCCGGGCUCCCCAUCACUCCAAACGCCGUGUUUUCAAGUAGUAGAAUUUUUUUUGUUUUUUAUUGUUUUUUGGUGC